AGGAAGCCGGGCGAGGUCCAGCGCGCAGGAAAGCCCCGCGCAGCGCAGCGCGUGGAGCCUGAGCGCACAGGCACCUUUUCAUCCCCAAUGGGGUGGCUUUGCCCCAAGUUCCUGUCCUCUGUGAGCUGUCUGAUUUUGCUGUGGGUGGCUGGCUCUGGGAGCAUUAAGCUCCUGGGUGAGCCCACCUGCUUCUCUGACUACAUCCGCAAUUCCACUUGUGAGUGGCCACUGGAUGGCGCUGUCGACUGCAGAUCUCAGCUCCACCUGUUGUACUGGCUGGACUUCGAGUUCUCUGAAAACCACACAUGCAUCCCAGAGAACAGCGCCAGCACCAUGUGUGUGUGCCACAUGUCCACAGAUGAACCAGUCCAGACAGACACCUACAAGCUGCUCCUAAAGACUAAGGGGCAAUUGCUGUGGUAUGGCUCCUUCAGGCCCAGUAGCAAUGUGAAGCCCCUGGCUCCAGACAACCUCACAGUCCACACCAAUGUCUCCAAUGCAUGGCUGCUGACAUGGAGCAACCCGUACCCAUCGAAGAACACCUUGUACAAGGAACUCAUCUACAUGGUCAACAUCUCCAGAGUGGACAACCCUGAGGAAUUCAUAAUCCACAAUGUGACCUACAUGGAACCGCGGCUGCUCCUCCCAACCAUGACCCUGAAGUCGGGGGUGCACUACAGGGCACGGGUGCGGGUCUUGGCCCAGAGCUUCAGUAGCACGUGGAGUGAGUGGAGUCCUAGCAUCAUGAUGUACAACCACUUCCCCCUGCCCCUGGAGCAGCGCCUCCCACUGGGGGUCGGCAUCUCCUGCGCCUGCAUCCUGCUCUGCUGCCUUUUGUGCUACGUCAGCAUCAUCAAGAUUAAGAAAGCGUGGUGGGACCAAAUUCCCACCCCAGCAUGCAGCCCCCUGGUGGCCAUCAUCCUUCAGGACUCACAGGUGCCCUUGUGGGAAAAGCAGACCCGAAGCCGGGAGUCAACUAAGUGCCCACACUGGAAGACUUGUCUGACCAAGCUGCUGCCCUGCUUGCUGGAGCAUGGUGUGAAGAGUGAGGCAGAGUCCCCGAAGGCUGCCAAAACUGGGCCUCUCCAGAGUCCUGAGAAGGCAGCCUGGCGUCCUGUGGAGGUCAGCAGGACAGUCCUCUGGCCAGAGAAUGUCGAUAUCAGUGUGAUACGCUGUAUGGGGCUGUUUGAGGCCCCGGUAGAGACUGAGGAGGAAGAAGAGAAGACGGUCAAGGGGGACUUGAGCGUGUUCCCUGAGAACAGUACAGGUGCCUUCCAGGAGGGGCAGGCAGACAUCAUGGCCCGGCUCACUGAGAACCUGUUUUCAGACUUGCUGGAGGCUGAGGAUGGGGUCAUUGGCCAGUCCAGCCUGGAGGAGUCGCGCUCCCCUCUGCCUUCAGAAAGUGAGCAAGCUUCUGUGGCCUGCGACUGCUUCCCCAUGGGGUCCAAGGAGGCCACUUGCCAGGCCACAGGGCAGUCUUCACCCCUGGGCCCUCCUUCGGGCAGCCUAACCCACAGUGCAACUCACCCGGCCUGCACACAGGUGGCGCUUGUCGUCACAGACAAUCCUGCCUACCGUAGUUUUAGUGACUUCUGUAGCCAGUCCCCACAUCCUGGGGAGCUGACCUCAGAACAGCAGCAGGCUGGCCACCUGGAAGAAGGAGACCCGCCAUGCCCAGCUGGCCCCCAUUCUUCAAGCCCACCUAUGCACCAAGGGGACAGCUGGGAACAGAUCCUUCACCUGAGUGUCCUGCAGCACGGGGCAGCUAGCCCUAGCCCAGCCCCUACUAGUGGCUACCGGGAGUUUGUGCAGGCAGUGAAGCAGGGUGCCUCCCAGGACUCCCGGGCACCUUGCUUCGGGCCCAAUGGCGAUGCCGGUUACAAGGCUUUCUCUAGCCUGCUCGGCAGCAGUGAGGUCUGUGCAGACACAGCAGGACCAGGGACUGACAGUGGGCACGGAGGCUACAAGCCAUUCCAGAACCCUGUUCCUCACCAGUCUCCUAAUUCCAUGCCCUUAUUCACCUUCGGACUGGACAUGGAGUUGCCAUCUAACCCUCUGAACUCAGUCCCACCCAGCAGCACCCCGGAAGGCCUUGGUCUGGAGCUGGGACUCAAAGGAGGUGACAGGCUGAAGGCCCCUCCUGCAGAUCAAGUGCCCGAGCCCUGUGGGGAUGACUUGGGCCUUGGCAUUGUGUACUCAUCCCUCACCUGCCACCUCUGUGGCCACCUCAAGCAGCACCACAGCCAGGAGGAAGGUGGCCAGACCCACGUGGUUGCUAGCCCCUGCUGUGGCUGCUGUUGUGGGGACAGGUCACCAUCCCCAGGGAGCCUCUCGGGGGCCUUAGAAUCCUGUCCUGGGGAGAUGCCACCAGACUCCAGCCUCACCUCAGCACCCAGGACACCUUCAAACUUGUCAGUGGAGGGCAAGACCCCUGGUCAUGCUCCUUUUUCCAGCCAGACCACCAAGGUGUCUACAGGCACCCUGGGCAUGGCAGUUUCUUAGGUGAGUGAGGGUGGUGGUGUUGCUGAGGUCUGCACUGAGGCCAGGGUUCAUCCAAGCCAGGGAUGUGCCUUCUGGGAGACAUUCCUGGCAGGCUUCCCGGGAAUCCAGAGAAUGGUGAACUGAAGAUGUAAACUUGGCCUGACCCUGGGGCUUGGAACCUGGCUGCCUCCCCACCACUGGCCGGGGCUGUCCUCUCACGAGGGACUUGAGGGCUCAGUAUGCUGUGUCUCACAGCAGUGCUAAGGGUCCUAAGCCCUCUGCUCUCCCAGCUGUUGCUGCCCUACCUGCUCAGGCCCAUUCUUUCCCCCACCAAAUAGAUCUGUUGCCCAAGGCUCACAGCAGUUCCGGCAUAGCUCAAGCUGGAAGCUGAGCCUAGACACAGCUGCCUGGCAGUGACUUGGGAGGCCCUAAAAAUGGGUGGAAAUUGUUGGUUCAGGCCAGUAAUUGGCCCCAUGGUGGCCGUUCAUUGAACAGCUGCUAUAGGUUGAGGCUGGAGGCAGAAUCUGCUGCUGCAGCUAAUUCAAAGCAACAAGGUUACAAGACAUUUCUCAAGUAGCCAAGGUCACUGCCCACACUUGACCUGCAGCCAGGGCUCCUGGGAUGUGGAAGCGGAGAUCUCCCAAAACAGAUGCAACUGCCCAGUGGUGGGUCCCAGUGGACACCACUGCUAUCAGUCAAGGCGAGACCACAAGGGGGUGAGGCUGUUUGUGGUUGGUGGCCGUGGGGUAGGGAUCGCAUACAACAGGCCUCAGUCUGACUGCGUCCUGGAAACAUGGGGCCAGGCUGAGCAGCGUCUGUCUGUCUCCACCUUUGAGACUGCUCAUGCGUUUGUGAGGAGGGCAGGCCAGGCCACAUGGAGCUUUACAUCAAUAAAGACUCUGUCUUGUCA